ACGUGGCCGGCCGGUUUCGUGAUAAACACUGCUGUAGUGUUUUGUGCUGACGAAAUCGAUUGUAAAAUCAUAUUAUUGAUCACUAUAAAAAGCAAGAAUACUGAAAGUUGACAUUAUUUUUGAAAAUUUUACAGUAUGGAGGAAGAAAUUGCCAAGUAUACGGCAAAAGUGGUUAAAGCAGAGGCCGAAAUCCAGCGAUUGGAAAAGGAUUUGGACUUGAUCGAAAAUCCGCAAGCUCUUGUAAACAGUGGAAUAGUGGCGCCUGCCGUCCUUCAACUUCAGACAGAGAAAAACAAACUUCUUUAUCAAUUAAAACACCUAAAGUCACACUUAGCUGAAGAAAAAUCAAAGUCUCCCGACCAUAUGAUUAGCAUUACAGCACUGAUAGAAGAUGUCUUUCAAGUGGCCAUUCUGGCGGCUUAUCCUGGCCAGGAUUUACCAAAAGCUGAUGUCACAAGCAGUGCCAAAUUUUCCGAUUAUCAAUGUAACAGUGCCAUGAGUAUUUCCCAGAAACUGAAGACAGCAGGGGUGAAGUGUAAUCCACGAGAUGUAGCACAAAACAUUGUCAAUAACUUGCCCAAAGUUGAUUGCAUAGAAAAGGUGGAUAUCGCUGGUCCAGGAUUUAUAAACAUUUUCUUGAACCGAGAAUAUGUUUCGCAAAAUGUUUUCAAACUCCUGAACACCGGUGUGCAACCACCACCCAUUGGUAAAAGGAAGCGAGCUGUGGUUGACUUUUCGUCACCCAACAUCGCCAAGGAGAUGCACGUUGGUCACUUGCGAUCAACGAUUAUCGGAGAGAGCAUUUGUCGUCUGCUAGAAUGGGUCGGACAUGACGUCUUGAGGAUAAAUCAUUUAGGAGAUUGGGGAACACAGUUCGGAAUGUUGAUUGCUCACUUACAAGAUGAAUACCCCAACUACCUGACUAAACCACCUCCAAUCGGAGAUUUGCAGGGCUUUUACAAAGCCUCGAAAGUUCGAUUCGAGGCAGAUGAAGCGUUCAAGAAACGAGCCUAUGAAUGUGUAGUUAAGUUACAAGCUCAUGAACCGGAACAUUAUAAAGCCUGGCAAACAAUCUAUGACAUAUCACGAAAAGAAUUUCAAAAAGUUUAUGAAAGGUUACAAGUUCACUUGAUUGAUCGAGGCGAGUCUUUCUAUCAAGAACGAAUGAAACUGGUUAUCGAGGAAUUGGACGCAAAGGGAUUGACGAAGGUUGAGGACGGUCGAAAGAUAAUGUUCGUGGAUGGUCACAAAGUUCCGCUGACCGUUGUCAAAUCAGAUGGAGGAUUCACCUACGAUACUUCCGAUUUAGCGGCCAUUAAAAAUCGACUGGUCGAAGAGAAGGGCGAAUGGUUGAUCUAUGUUGUAGAUGCUGGACAGAGUGGACAUCUGGAGACGAUUUACUCAGCAGCUGAAAUGAUUGGAUGGUUAAAUCCUUCAGUACACCGAGUGGAACAUGUGAGUUUUGGUGUCGUGCUUGGAGAAGACAAGAAGAAGUUCAAGACUCGAUCGGGUGAAACAGUUCGAUUGGUCGAUCUUCUAGACGAGGGAAUAAAACGAGCAGAGGCGAAACUCAAAGAGAAGGAGCGAGACAAAGUUCUGACCAAAGAUGAAUUAGAACAAGCAAAGUCUUCAGUCGCAUAUGGUUGUAUAAAAUACGCUGAUCUGUCGCAUAAUCGAACCCACGAUUAUGUCUUCUCUUUUGACAAGAUGUUGGAUGAUCGCGGAAACACCGCCGCUUAUUUGCUGUAUGCUUACACCCGAAUCCGAUCUAUCGCUCGAUUGGCUAAUGUUUCGGAAGAAGAUCUGACCAAGGCUGCAAAGACGACCAAGAUCGAACUAGACCACGAGAAAGAGUACAAGCUAGCUAAAUGUGUUUUGAGGUUUCCAGAAAUCAUUUUAAAACUUUUGGACGAUCUGUAUCUGCACACACUAUGUGAUUAUUUAUAUGAACUUACGACCACUUUUACUGAGUUUUAUGAUAAUUGUUAUUGCGUAGAAAAAGAUCGAACCACUGGGAAAAUUAUUAAAAUAAAUAUGAGUCGAUUGCUAUUAUGUGAGGCUACUGCUAAUGUUAUAAAUACAGGAUUUAAAAUAUUAGGAAUUAAUGCAUUACAGAAAAUGUAGAGAAUAAAGAAAAUGUAAAAUUUCAGUAUUUAUUUUUGCCGAUUUCAACAAUUUGAAUUUGAAUUAAAAUGCCUAAAUCCAAAUCACAUGAAUAUACAAUUAU